GGUGUAAUGAAUAGAAUAUAGAGGGGGAUCCAAUCCGGUUUCAGCUAGUUUAUGUUCCGAUAGAACAUUUAUGCUAGCUACACGGUGUUCCAAGAUACUAUUUGAGUCUUACUGAACACGUACAACAGUGCAUUGUUAGCCUGUGCCGUGAUAAGGUUAAUUCUUUUCUCUGCCUUUAAAAGUAGCCAACAAGUUUAGCAGCCAUGCCGAAAAGAAACAAAGCCAACAAUGACACAGAAGUCGAGCCCAAGAGGAGGUCUUCAAGGCUCUCAGCAAAACCAGCGCCAAAGUCCCCUGAGCCAAAACCAAAGCAGAAGACUCCUGCCAAGCCUAAGAAGGUAAAGGAGGUGGUGGAGAAGGCGAAACCAGAGGAGAAGAAGGAAGAGGAGGUGGAGGAGGCUGAGCCAGAGGCAGAGGCGGAGGCACCAGCAGCAGAGGAAGAAGCACCUGCAGAGAACGGAGAGGCCAAGGCUGAAGAGGAGGAAGAGGAGGAGGAGGCACCGGCCGCAGAAGAGGAGGAAGCCGAAGCUGAGGCCGAACAGAAAGAAGAAGAGGAGGCCGCCGAAUAACGUCGCCACAAUUACUCGAGAGCUCCCCAUACCUCUUUUCUUCUUGUACAAUUCAGAGGACUAUUUUUAUCGACUAUUUUCUAAAAAAAGAGAGAAAAAAAAUGCAGGUUUUUUUUAGUAGUUCAGUAGAAACACAUUUUAUAGAAAGAAAAUACAAAAAAAAGAAAAUGCAUUAGAAGAGGGAUUCUGCCGAUUAUCCUGCUUUUUUUGUUUUGUUUUUUACAGCUCCUGAAUGGGACUGGUCAUUGAGUGAUAUGUGUUUCUCCUUCUUGUCAUUUCAUUUAUGUUGAACUCUGCAUUGUUUCAAAGAGGGGAGGGGAUGGAUUUUGGUUGCGGCAUAGAAGCAUGCAAUCAUACCAAUUCUGUGAGGAAUCAGUUUUGUUGACGGGGGAGUUUUUUUGCCUGAGAGACUAACAUUCCAUAGGCUUUAUGAGGGACUGUGUAUGUAACCUGUAUCGUAUGGGGAGAGGGGUGGGUUGUUAUACGAUAUUACGUUGUUUGUUUUGUUGUUUAUGAUUGGGUGGGCAGGGGUUGAUUGUUUGUAAGCUGUGCUCUAUGAAUCAUAACUCACAUUCACACUCAAGUCUACAGCUAUCAUUGAUCAUCCUGUUUCCUAGUACUGUAUCCCUCGUCAGACAUUGUGCAUAACACAUAACCAGUCUCCUGUUUGGUGAAACCAUUACGCUAGCAUCUGUACAGCUACCGUGCUUGACACAACAAACGGUCUUCAUGAUUUCUGUAUGCAGUAUGGAACGGUACACGACACGUCAAGGAUGACAAAAACGGAAUCAUGUUUUAGCCAAGCUAAUGACAUGAACAACAUUACAGUGUUAACUCUACAGGCUAUAGCUAUAACUGAUGAGCAAAAUGACUGUAUUUUCACUUGAACAUACCAGCAGUAGCAAUAUUUCCCCAAGGGUCUUACUAGGUUUGAAGUACAAAUGUACAGUUUCAUUUUUUUGUAGCUGUAUCUGUGUAAUAAUUGGUAUACGUGUACCAAUAAAAUGGUUGUAAUAUCC